AACAUGUCACACACUGAGCUGUCUGCAGUGGUGGACGGAUUUAGGGAACUAGAUCUUAUCUUUCAAAGUGGUUCUGAUCUGGACGUUGUAGAGAGGGGAUACGCACGGAAGUUGGUUCACGCCAUCAGUAGCCAAAAUGUAGUCAUUGAGUGUGAAGCCUUAAAAGGUCUGGGAGAUCUGUACCUGCACAAAGCAAAGAAGAACCAUGGUAAAGUAGAGAACUUCCACAAGGCUUGCUCGUUGUACACAGAACUCUUACGAUAUUACACUAGUCGUGAGGAGAAGCAAGUUGUACAACAUCGCAUAAGAUAUGCAGAGAAGUGCACGAAACUGAGCCAUUAUGAAGAGACUGCAAAAUCAUCUGCAACAAAUUCAGGCAAUACCCUAUUGGCUGUGUCAAUGACGCUUCACGAAGUGAAAACCAAGGUAAAAGGAUAUGGUACGGUCACAUUGAUUGAGGGUUAUACAGAUACGUUAGUGAAAGCGAUCGUGGAACGAAACAAACGCCUGCAAAUAGAGUCGUUGAAGAGCCUGGGAGAUGUGUACCUGGAGAAGGGAAGGGUUGGUAAGGACGAGACAGCGUUCACGGAAUCAGCUGGUCUGUACCGAGCGGCGCUGGACCGCUGUGAAGAUUCUGACGACAGAGAAACGCUACUACACCGCAUCAAGUACACGGAGAAAGUCAAGGGAAAAGAAUACAAGAAGGCAGUAAAACGUCUAGACAGGGGACUACUAUGGAACAAGAAAAUUGAAAACAGCAGUGAAGAGGCACAGAAAGUCACCGACAGUGAGUACAAGGACCACAUACAGAAGGGCUGCAAAGCCAUGCAGACAGGGGGCCUGGACACGGCAGAACGACACUUUGCAGCUGCGCUCAAGGUCGUCCAUUUGAAUGUUUCAAAUGCAGAUCAGCGCUGGAAAGAAACAGAGGCCCUGUGCAAGUUGAGCGAUGUCUACCUGAGCAGAGGUGAGCAGUCAAAAGACGGAGGUGAUUUCACCAAGGCUGCAGCGCUCAGUAACGCAGCACUGGUGAGAUCAAAGGCAGAAGACAGAGACGGCAUCGAACAGACAAUCCAGGAAAUAACACACUCAUUUGUUAAGCAUGUCCUGAGUAUCGAACAAAUGGUACCCAUUGAUGAUGUGGAAAAACACAAAGCGAUGUUAGUAGAAUGCCGGGGCUAUGUAGAAGAAGAGCUCAAAAGAAUUGAGCAACAGAUAGAUCCUUAUAGUCUUGAUGACAACGACCCAAAGAUCAGGGAAGUAGAGGAAAAACGAGUGGACGCAAACAAAGACCUGUUUGACACCAUUGUUCAUCAGCGAAGAACAUUCAUAGCUGGCCUUGUAGAUGAGUGUAUAGAGGUAAUGGGUCCCCCUCCCUGUAAGUACGCCAUGAUAGGACUAGGCUCACAAGCCAUAGGUUUGGUAACACCAUACUCCGAUCUGGAGUUUGCUAUCUUGAUAGAGAAGGAAUUAGAAACCAAUGUCGAGUAUUUUUCCAAUCUCACGCACUAUCUUCAUCUGAAAGUGAUCAAUCUUGGGGAAACCAUUCUCCCGGCCAUGGCCAUCAAGUCUCUCAAUGACUUUGAGUCAGAUAACGAGCUAGACAACUGGUUCUACGACUCAGCAACACCACGUGGUUUUUCGUUCGAUGGAGCCAUGCCACAUGCUUGUAAAACGCCACUUGGAAGAGCCUCGUCACUUAACAAUUUGGGUGCCGCCUGGAGGGACCUUGGUGAUUACAGAAAGGCCGUCAGCUAUUACGAACAGGCACUAGAGAUGAAUCAAAGUAUCUUUGGCGAGAGCGUCGCACAUCCUGACAUCGCCAAUUCACUUAACAACUUGGGUGUCACCUGGUGUGACCUUGGUAAUUACAGAAACGGCAUCAGCUCCUUUGAACAAUCACUACAGAUGAAGCACAAUAUGUAUGGUAAGGGCGUCGCACAUCCUGACAUCGCCGAGUCACUUAGCAACCUGGGUAUAGCUUGGAGUGAUCUUGGUGAUUACAGAAAGGCCGUCAACUAUCAUGAACAGUCCCUACAGAUGAGACAAAGUAUUUUUGGUAAGGGCAUCGUACAUCCCGAAAUUAUCGGGUCACUUAAUAACUUGGGUACCGUUUUGAGUCACCUUGGUGAUCACAGAAAGGCCAUCAGCUAUUUUGAACAGUCACUACAGAUGACGCGGAGUGUCUAUGGUGAAGGCAUAGCACAUCCUAAGAUAGCCUCAUCACUUAACAACCUGGGCUUUGCCUGGGGAAAACUUGGUGAUUACAGAAAGGCCAUCAGCUAUCACGAACAGUCACUACAGAUGAGGUGGAGUAUCUGUGGCGAGAGUGUUACACAUCCCGAUAUAGCCUUGUCACUAAACAACAUGGGUUCUUCCUGGGGAAACCUCGGUGAUCACAGAAAGGCCAUCAGCUACUUUGAACAGUCCCUACAGACGGAGCGGAGCAUAUAUGGUGAACGCACUGCACAUCCCGACAUCGCCCAGUCACUUCACAACUUGUAUGUUGCUUGGAGUGUGCUUGGGGAUCGCAGAAAGGCAGCCUUCUAUUAUGAUCAAUGGACACGUAUGAAGCAGAAGAUUGAUACGACGUAUGAACCUUGA